AUGUUCAACGGCGAGGCGGACAUGCACGAAGCCCGCUUGUCCGUCGGCCAUACCAUGGACUUCGCGUUCCGAAUGGAAGUGCCCACCGAGCGCUCUCGUCGCCUCAACACGGUCACCAUCAAGUUUACUAUCAAGACGCGGUGGAUCGGCGGCAUGAAGGCACGCAUCAUGAAGCCGCUCGUAUCGCUCGUUCGCUCGCUCGCUCGCACGCACCACACGCGUGUUGGUACCUGA